UUAUUCUGCUUGCACAUUAUAAGUGUGAUCAAGUCAUGAUCAUUUGUACCUAAGCUCCUAUUAAUUUUCAGUUAUGUGAUCACUUCUGGGAUCAUACAGGGCCUAAUUUGUAGAUAGUGGCGUUGCACAGGUGUCACUGUGAGCGUCAUUUAGCCUGCAGAAUCUUUAUUAUAGGUCACGACUUGCGCAGUGAAAAGAAUCCAGCCUCACAGACUUGGGGGGGGGGAAGCGUGAAGGGCCAUGGGUUAGGAAAAACAUUGUUUUACUUGCAAACUGGGCACAUUUGCAACGGAAUCAUUGCGAGAUGACAGAUGUGGAGCCUCACAAUGGGACCUUACAAAGUCAGUUUUCAUGACAGCUCUGUGCUUCAUAAUGCAGGGGCUAGUUUUGUAUUUGCACAACUGCAAAAUAAGUUUAGAAACAAACCCUGGUUGGUAUGGGCCUAGCAGUCAGUGCUUGGUGCUAGGAGCAUUCACUAGUCUUGAAAUCAUUUGUAUGGGUGAGCCCAGCCUUUCUCGCAGUGCCAAGUUGAAAGACAUUGGACUUUAAAGCAAGUAUCAACUAAGUCCACGUUUUUCAGUGUAUUUGUUGCCAUUGAAUAUUAACUCCAUAUAACAAGUCCUGGGUUUUGGACUAAUGUAGAUUUCAUACCCUGCAGUGCUGUUUUCCUGCUCUGAAGAACAGUGUGACGCUGCAGUGGUGAACAAGAAUGUGGUUAUUGAGCAUUGCAUGCUAAAAAAAUUGCAAUGGUUUAUUUCUAGGACUGUGUACUGGAAUGUGUGUGUGUGUGAGAUUGCUCACAAACACGAAAAUAUUCAGGUUUAUUAGACAAGGAAACAAAAUGCAAAGCAAUGCUAAUGCAACGUUCACAUUGAGAUGUACAUACCAAAGUCUGGAAAUUCAAAGAUAUGGAUCGACCAGUAACCACAUGUAGGAUACGUGGAGUUUAGAGUUGUUAUCGUUAAAACCAUAUACAGUAAUAUGAUUUUUGCCAUUACAAGAGACAAAGUAUGUAUUUGCGAGGGGGCUGCAUUACGGCUGUUGUGGAAAUCGUAGCUUUCGCUGGCCAGGUUUGUGUGAUCAAAGCCCCAGCCUUAGCAUUGUUAAGGUUUUUGCUUGCAAUUUCUGUGGGUAUUUGAGUGACAAGUUAAUAAUAGUGUGUUCAUUUGAAUGUCACAUGUUUGGUUUGCGGAACUCUGCUGUGGAUUCUAAAAUGAAAUGAGCGGUAGAUGUGCUAAGCAUGCCUUGUGCUUGGCUGCCCAUUCAGUGCCAAAUCAUGCUGAGCCCAGGAUUGGCAGUAGGUACUCUGUGGUGUAGACAAAGCUUUUCUGCACGAACACUUACCUACCAUGGCUUUUGUGUCUCCACUUUCAUGAUGCCAUGUCUCUUUAGUCCCAGAUGAAGUGUCCUGAACUUCCGCUGUGCAGAGAAGUGGCUGGUGUACUGCAGCUCUGGGGGGUAGCUCUCCUGGCGCACAGCUGCCUGUGAAUAGAAUUAUCCUUCUGAACCCAAGAGUAUGAAAACAUGUUGAUGCCUUUACAUCAGUCAUCUGUUUGAAGGAGUAGCUCUGUUAACUGUAGCCGGCUGUACACGAUGGCCCAAGCAGAGAAGAAAGGUGGACUGCUCUGGAAAUCUUCAGCCUCCAAGAAACCAUUGAAAGAGAAAGUUGUGCUAAUGUACGAUGAGAUCUUCAUGACGGAGGACCCCAGUAAAUGCAGCCCUCGGUUCUGGGAGGAGCUUUUCCUCAUGAAGGUGAACCUGGAGUAUCUAGAAAGCAAGCUGGAGUCUCUGGAUGGAGAAGAGUUAAUGAAGAUAAAAGAUAACAUUAACUGUUUGUUCCAACACUGCAUCCAGGCCUUGGGAGAAGAGCACCCAAUCCGAGUAGUCAAUGCGUUACAGACGUUAUGUGCGUUGAUUCGCGGCGUCCAUCAGAAGAACAAAUCCACCUCUGGGUUUGACAUCAUCAACAUGCUCAUGGGCUUUGACAAAGCCGAGCUGUGCAUGAAGAAUCUGAUGGAGAGCUUGGACUCGCUGCUUUGUGCAGAAGGCUCCGAAAGCCUGAAGAGUUUGUGUCUGAAGCUACUUCUCUGCUUGGUAACGGUGACAGACAACAUCAGCCAGAACACAAUCCUGGAAUACGUGAUGAUUAACAGUAUAUUUGAAGCUAUUUUACAGAUUCUAUCCAACCCACCUAGUCGCAGGGAGCAUGGUUAUGAUGCUGUUGUCCUUCUUGCUUUGCUAGUUAACUACAGAAAGUAUGAGGCAGUACAAAGAUAAGGAAGAGGAGCACCAGAGUGGCUUUUUCUCAGCCUUAACCAAUAUGGUGGGCAGCAUGUUCAUAGCCGAUGCCGAUGAGAAAAUCUCCGUCCAAACGAAUGAGGCAAUUCUUCUGGCCCUCUACGAAGCCGUUCACUUAAACCGGAACUUCAUCACCGUGUUGGCACAGAGCCAUCCAGAAAUGGGGUUGGUGACCGUGCCGAUAAGCCCGAUUCCAACAACGCCAGUCACUCCGCUCGGGACCACUCCGCCUUCUUCAGACGUUAUAAGCUCUGCAGAGCUGCCUUUGGAUGCCGAUGUGCAGACCAGCAACCUGCUGAUAACCUUCUUAAAGUACAGCUCCAUUGUCAUGCAGGACACAAAAGACGAACACCGGCUCCACAGCGGCAAGCUCUGUCUGAUUAUCCUGACGUGCAUAGCAGAGGAUCAAUACGCUAAUGCUUUUUUGCAUGAUGACAACGUGAAUUUUCGAGUAAACCUGCACAGAAUGCCAAUGAGACACAGGAAGAAAGCCGCAGACAAGAACCUGCCCUGCCGCCCCCUGGUGUGUGCAGUCCUAGAUCUGAUGGUGGAGUUCAUCGUAACACACAUGAUGAAAGAGUUUCCUAUGGAUCUGUAUGUGCGGUGCAUUCAGAUCGUGCACAAGCUGCUGUGCUACCAGAAGAAAUGCAGAGUGAGGCUUCAUUAUACCUGGCGGGAGCUCUGGUCAGCUCUGAUCAACUUGCUGAAGUUCCUCAUGUCCAAUGAGACUGUGCUAUUGGCAAAACACAACAUCUUCACCGUGGCGCUCUUGGUAGUGAACUUGUUCAACAUGUUCAUCACCUACGGAGACACCUUCCUCCCAACGCCCAGCAGCUACGAUGAGCUGUACUACGAGAUCAUCCGUAUGCACCAGAAUUUCGAUAACCUCUACUCCAUGGUGCUCCGGCUUUCGACCAAUGCCGGUCAGUGGAAGGAGCCCGCCAGCAAGGUGACGCAUGCGUUAGUCAAUAUCAGAGCCAUCAUCAACCACUUCAACCCAAAGAUCGAGUCUUACGCUGCAGUGAAUCACAUCUCCCAGCUCUCGGAGGAGCAGGUCUUGGAGGUUGUCCGCUCUAACUACGACACGCUAACCCUGAAGCUGCAGGACGGGCUGGAUCAGUACGAGCGCUACUCGGAACAGCACAAGGAGGCUGCCUUCUUCAAAGAACUGGUUCGGUCCAUCAGCAUCAACGUGCGGCGGAACCUUGCCUUCAACACGCUGAGCCAGGAGGUCCUGCUAAAAGAGUUCUCCACCAUCUCUUGAGCCAGAGCCGCUCAGCUGCCGUGCGGGGCUGGCAGGACAACGGCCCGUCUCGGUGCAAACACCACAGAGCUGCGGCCGCCUGCCCCUCGCCCGCGGAAGGGACUGCACUUCCUGGGGGCAGCUUCCCGUGCGGGCAUUCCUGCAGGACUGUGCUCACGGAGAGACACUCCCAUCCAGACACGCGGGGGGCAGGUUUAGCUGAAGCAGGGACACUGAUGCGCCGGAAGAGCAAUAGCGUCAUGGUGGCAGGGAGACGUUAGAUGCCAUGGGUGUGGGUAGCUGCUUGGGCUGCAGUUCCGGCUGAGGACUAGCUGAGAUUCCCUUGGGGGGGUGGGGGGCACAUUAACAAGGCAGAGAGCAGAGCUGGGUUUUUUUCCUCCCCUGAGCAGGGUCACUCCAGAUGUGCUGGGAGAGAUCACUCAACUUUCUCUGCAGGAAAAAUAAAUUUCCCCCCACCCCCGCAGGAAGGGGCAGGCUGGCUAAGCAUGGGCUACAUGCAGGGGGCCGGCACUGAGCAGCCAUCGUGUGCUGGGAGCUGCAUGGGCGUUUAGCAUAGAUCCCCCAGAGCCCCUGUCAGCCGUUCUCCCCCGCCCCAACUCACUGCCCAGCAGACUUGGGGUUCAGAAGCCUCAUCACACCCAGGCAUGGGGGGGUCUCACUUCCAGGGCACUUGGCUGAGUCGCUGUGGUCUGAUCCUGCCUCCUCCAGCCUGCCCGGGACGUGUGGCACCAGAAGGUUGUGCGUGUGCUGCAGGCUGGUCCUACCGUCGCCAGCGUCUCCCCGGGCCUGGUCUCAGGAAUUUCUCAGCUGGAAAACGUCCCCACGACACUCACUGCUCCGCGAGUUUGGUUGUAGUCGCUUUCACUCUGCUCUGGCCUUAAGGCCGGGCCUGUCAAAGCAUUAGAUGUUCCUAGGGCUUUGGGGAGCAGACCCAGCUCCCCUUCUCUCUCCCCCUCCCCCUUUAUUACCCCCUAGAGGCUCUGCACUGCCACGACUCCCUGUCCCCAGAGGGCUGGGCUAGCCGAGCCUGCGAUCCCCACUCUCCACAUCCCCCAGUGGCCGAGCGGGCCCAGCUGCACAGUGCCCAGAUCUUCAGCGGGGUGGCUGGAGCGGUCAGGGGCUCCUGGGCUGUCAGAUACGUGCACCAGCAUAACGGGAAGCGUGGGAGGGUGUUAGUUCAUAGGCCGGUCCCACCUCCAGCCUCUGCAAAGCGCUUAGGGAGACCGGGGCAGAGACCUCUCCUCGGGGCAGUGUGAAAUGCAGCCUUUCGGCUUUACCUGCUCAAGCACCCAGCCUGUUCAGAACGGUCCUUCUGCACCGAUUCCCAGGCUGGCCAAUGGCUGUGCCAGCCUGCCCUUGAAAUCCAACCGGGCCAUGCGCCCCGUCAGCUCCACGGCGUGAGAGCGCAUUGCAGACAUACUCAGCAGAUCCCGAUUGAAGGGCCAGCGCCGUCAUCUGCAUCCACCUUUUCUAGAAAACGAGAAAGUGCCUCGGUGCGGGGAGGCUGUGACUCACCCGGCCUCGCUCUGAGCCACGGCUUACACACAAGCGUUUUUCAACAGCUGAAAUAACAUUCAUGAGCCGGCUCCCCACCAUGGGCAAGGGAACUGUCCUAGCUAAAACGGAUCCUUACCCCCCUGCUGGCGCACCAGGGGCUGCAGAACCAGCUGCCGGCCGGUGGCUCGUGCUGCUCUGAGCGGACGACAGUUCGCCUUGACUCGGAGCUCCCUGGCUUGGCGCAGCUGAAGCCGGGCGUUUCGUAUCGUUUUCCUUCCUUUGCGUGUGACAGCGUCAGCGGGACGGCCGGCAAGCAGCAGCCAGAGCUCGGCCUGCCCCAGGCGCAGCCCGGUCAGCCUGGUGUGCCCUGAUUCUUCAGCGGCGUGUAAGUGAAAGGAGCUGGAAGGGCCAGCGGCAGGUGCGCUGCCAUCUCCUCUGAGCCCCGGGGAGACCCCUGCCUGCUUCAGCUCUGCUGGGCUCACUUGGCUGAAGCCCCCCCACACACACACACAGGGGACUGAGGAGGACUGGAGCACUGGGUCCCUCUUGCUGAUUCAGUUUAGGCUGCAUCUAGAAAGGUGGCUGGGCUGGGAGCAGGGCUGACACUUCCAGAGACCAAGGCAACUGACACGGUGUCUCAGCUUGUCCAUCGACCGCCACGAGAUCCCUUCUCUGGCUGACGGGCCGGCAGCAGGGCCUGCUCUGGGAUCAGGGCCAGGGACAGCCGCUGAGCCAGCCUGCAGGUGCCACGUGUCCUGUGGAGCGUCGCUGAGCCCAGCACCGUCAGUGUGGGUCUCGGCGUAGCACAGAGAGCUAAAUAAACGGGAAUGUUCGCUUCCACGUGCAGUGGCUGUGUGUGUGCCUUGGGGAGCGGGGGUUUGACUGGGGCCUGUUCUGGAGCGCUGGCCUGCCCUCGAACCAGCCAGGAAUAGUGGUGGGGCAGAGUGAAGGGGUUUUGCUGGCUCUGCUUCUGGCCUCCCUGCGUGUGCAGCACCCUGCUCCUAGCAUGCACAAGAGACUGCUCCUGCAGCCUCUCGUUCCCCGAGGGGCUGUCGUCACACAGUGCCAGCUCUCAAGCCCCUUCCCAGCCACACACAAAACUCUCCCCCUAGGCGAGCCCAGCUGCUGUAUUCCCUGGGGCUGGUAACCCGCCUGCUUUGCAGUGCAGACACAGGCUAAAUCACUUGCAUGCUGCUAGUCCUCCAAGGCCUUCCCACAAUCCCCUCCCCCAAUGCCCAGGACCGACAAGUGCUCCCACAAUUCACUGGGGAAGAAUCAGAGAGCGGCUCAGCUCACUGCAGCACCAAGACCCUGGGCUGUGCCCCCAGGAGUGCCAGCGACGUGCCCGGGAGCGCGGCUCCGCUGAGGACGCAGUCACUCGGGCAGGGCUGGCCGUGGGCUGCUCGCACCCCGGGAGGCUAACCCGGGGCUUAGACCUAAUCACUGGACAACAUCCCCGAGUGUGGUGUCCUGGAGCCAGGAUCCCAGCUGUGCCCAGCCCUAGGCAUUACCGGGACUCCCGGCUCUCACAACUGGCCCAUUCCCUGCACUCCGCAGCGGGAGGUGCCCCCGCUUUGGUCCCUGGUGCCCUCCCAUUGGGUUCUUCCUGCCCUAACCCGCGCUCGGGGCUCCAGCCGCCCGGGCCCUGGACCCACACACGAUGGAGGUGGGCUGGUACCGCCUGAGUGCCACUGACGAAGCUGGGCCCCCACUGCUGUGAGUGAUUGAUGCAGAGAAAUCCUGCCCCGGUGCAUAAUGGAACAGUCUCCGCGGCUUGGGCCCAGCCUGUCUGCUCAUCUCCCGCCUGCCUGAAGGGAGGAGCCAUUUAACGCUAAUGUUCAGCAUUAAAGCCCGGCUCGAGGCUCAGGAUUUCCAGGGGGCUGGGCUGAGUGGUUGAGUAAAUUUGGUUCUGGCUAAUUUAUAACCCAAUCCUUCCUGGGAAGAGCCGUUCCCCAGCCGCUCAGAGUGUGCAGAGAAAUCAGAUCCGGCAGGCGAUGCAGGGAGACAAAUAUUUAAAAAAAAUAAUGACCUGUCCUCUAGGUGAAAAAUUGAGUUUGAGCUAAAAUGUGGCUGGAGAUAUUAAAAAUUGAUUUUUAAGCACGA